AUGGCUGGAAGUUCGCCAACUGAAAUCUCAGAUAUCCCUUUAGAAAAUUCACAUAUAGACAUAACGAAUGAUGAACCAUCUCUUAAAAAGAGAAAGCUUCCAUUUGAUAAUGAAGCACUCAUACCCUUGAAUCUACAAAAUAUCAUUAGUAAACAAAGAAUAUCAACUAAAAUAAUUGAAAAGUUGUGGCAACCCUUAGAUGUUCAUAAUUCCCAAUCAAUGGAUUCAUUGCUUAAUAUUGCUUUGUUGAAAACACUUGAAGAGGAAUCAGAUGUAAGCAAAGCUAGUCGUACACUCACAACCGCUUGGAUUAAUCAAUCUAACCCAGAAUCCUUCAAAGCGCGUCUAGAUCAGACCAAUCUUCCUCCACCAAACUCCAUGUAUAAUACUAAAGUAAGAAUAAAAGCAAACGAAAUUAAGGAUGUAUUAAGUUAUGAUUCUGUGUCUAGAAAAAAAACAGCUUUGGAGACUUAUCUACUGGCAGAGCUUAAGCAAUUACAAGAGUUGGAAGAUCAUUAUAAUCAGAUGUUGUUAUCUCACCAACUGGACUUGCAAUAUCUUCAAAAAUUCAAACAAACUCUGAAAAGACAUCAGCUCAAAUUGGAUAGUGAUAUUGAUGACAUACAUGAAGAAUUAAAUCUCAUUGAAUAUGACAAGAAACCAGAUGAUAUAUAUUUACAAUCAAAUAGUACCUACGAAUUUGAUCCAGACCAAGAUGAAGAUACUAGGGCUAUUCUUGAACAACUAAAUAAACUGUUAAACAUAUCAACGUCAGAUUUGAAAAAAUUGAAUGGAAAGUUGGAAAUUUUAUCGAGUAUGUUAGAUUAA